CAAAAUGUGGCAUACAUGCGCUUUCUUUAAAUGUUCAGGCUAAUCGAUCGCCGGUGGUAGCUGUUACAGAUGUCAUCAGAAAUUGAAUUAAUUUGGAAAUGCGUGACGUCUUCCAUGCCAAAAUCUGUUGUGGAUGAGUGGUGGAGCAAAAUCAUCAAACAGUUUAGUGAAGAACAUAGAUAUUACCAUAAUUUUAAAAAUAUUCAAGAGAAAUUCCGUCAUUACGAGAAAGUUAAAUCGAUAUUGAGAGACCCAGAUGCUGUAGCGUUAGCACUGUUUUUCCAGUACUUUGAAUACAACCCAAAAUCAGUAGAUGCUGCCGAAAAAAAUGUGGAACAUUUUCAGAAUUUUGCAGAUCAAGGUGAAAUACCAAAAGAUGCUCCUUUGAGAGCCAAAGUGUUGAAUUUGUUAGAAGCUGCCGCAACCCACAGCACAGAAGUGCAUAAAACAGGUGGCACCUAUGGUAAUGAGGAUUGUCACUAUUUUCUGGACAUAGAUGUAGCUGUUCUUGGCACAGAUCCAGAAAGUUAUGCAGAGUAUGCGAGUCUCAUUCGCAAAGAGUAUGAAUUUUUACCAGACAAUACAUACAAAAGUUUGCGACUGAAGAUUCUGCAGAGUUUCUUGCUGAUCCCAAAUAUAUAUGCCACAAAGGAGUUUCGUGAAAAAUUUGAAGCACAGGCAAAAGAAAAUAUUCGUAAAGAGGUUGAAAACUUGAAAAGCUGAGCAUAUUGUUAAAGAAAUGUGUGUGCUAUUUCUCAUGUUGUUAAAAGUAUCCCUUAGUUUUCUAAAUAACAAGAUAUCUGGGAAAUAGAAUAUAUACAGUUGAGUAUAUAUCUUUUGUAUUGAACUAGAGAUGUAAUGUUGCUUUGUUAUUCUAAACAAUUAUUAGUUUCUUUGGUCAAUGUAAAAUAAAAAUUAAUCAUUACAAAGAAAAAAGAAAGUAACAAAAGACUGCUAUAAUGUGACAUUUAUAGUUAAUAGACAUUUUCUCCAAAUAUUUGCAGUCUAUUAACUGAGUUUAUAUCAUACCUCUCUAUACAACUUGUCACUGAACUGUGCUUGUGAAAAACUUAUACAGAAUGUCAUUAUCAUUUAGAAUAUGCUUAAUAAAAAAGGAAAGAAAACAC